AUGUCCGAUUCCGCUCCGCCAUCACAAAAUCUCUGGAUGAUCAAGCUGGCCGACGGUUAUGAGAUUACUGCAACCGAGGCUGAGCUAUUAGAUCAACAGCGAACAGUAUAUCGUCUUAAAUUUGCACCAGAUCUAUACCGGCAUACGAUUCCCAUAACGGCUACCUCUGUCAUUGUUAAGCAAUUGAAGGAUGGAUGGGAAGACGAGUUUCAGGAUGAGGAGAAGGCCUACCGCCGAUUGAAGAACCUUUAA